CCGGUGUUUUUCCACUAGCCCUUAUGAGAUCACAUUAGCAAGCCAAAGGUUGUAUUUAUUUAUAUGUUUAUUUAUUUUAGAAUCUUAUAGUCCGGUCUUUUAAAUCUAUCGACGAGAUUAUAUCAACUGUAAAGCGCAUAUUUACUAUACUUUUUGUCUCCGUGCAAAGUAUUCCAGACCUUUCCUACACAGAAUAGAUAAAUAAAUAAAUAAUUAACAUAAGGUUUUUUUUUGGUUUGUUUCAAGUUUUACAAAAGCAACCUUUGCACGCAGUUUGUGGAUGGACCCAUAAGAACAGUUUAAAGGCAAAGUCUACAAAAUGAAGAGUUGAUUCUCAAUAUUCGCCCAUUAUUACAGUUAAACACCCAAUUUCACACACGCAUGUGCAUUGUGAACAGUACCACUGUCUGUAACCGUGUUAAUGUCCAGCCUAAACCUUUUAGCAUGAAAGCGAGCACAAAAAGAAAAGGGAAUCAAUGUGGAUCAGGAUGCAUUGCAGGGAAUGUUGUGUCUGUAGAAAGAAUCCGGAUUUUCAGUUAUUUGUAAAUUGCUGAUCACGCGUGUAAUUAUGUUCGGUUGUGCACAAGGCGCAUCACAUGGCGUGUAGUUAUUGUCUAGUCAUCGCUGGAAGCGGAGCCCGGCAGAGUUCAACUAUAAAUAGCAACGAGGCUCGUCUGCACUCGGCACACUUUGCCUUUGGCAUUUGUGUGUGUGUUCAUUACUUUUCAAUUAGAGGCCUGGUUUGAAAUUCCUGCAGUGAAUAACACAUCGGUGCUAUUUGAUCAUCAUGAAUAGCACGCUAGUUUAGCAGAAAUGCUCCCAGCUAUGGUUGAAGGGCUUUCACAGUGCGCGCAUAGGGAAGUUUAUGUGCAACGCAUGACCCAGGCACUGAAGUGCUUCAGUUUACUGACAGGUGGACGGGUACCAUUCGCUGCAUCAGAGAAGGCAGACCACGCCAGCCUCAUACGAAACAUGUUGGUUCAAGCAGAAGAUGCACUUCUGAUGGGGCACAUUUGGAAAACCAAAGAAUCAAGUGAUUACUGCAUGUAGGGAUGCCAUCAAGAAUAACAAUGUGAAUGCGCUCUUCAAGAUAAUGCGUGCUGGCAUUCAGACCUCCUAGCUGCAAUCACUCCGAUGACUGAGUGUGGAGAAGAAACCCAGCGGGGAUAACUAGGACCAGAUGUUUGGCACACCUCCGGGUAACCCAGCGCUGCAGAUGGAUGGACACGCAGCCGUUCCGUUGCGUGCUAAUUGAGGAGGGCCACAUUGCUGAAUAACCCUAACCCUCCAAACCUGGAGCCCUGUGGAAUACCCCAAGCUGCCUCCUGUGUGUGACUUGGAAAUAUUCUUCAUCCCAGCCAAGACUCACAUCUUGUAAUAGUUUUAACACCAAGCCUCCAGACCUACUUUAUUCAGGCUCCGAAGGACCAUUAAAAAGUGGCUGCACUGACUCCCAAAUUCCUCAUUUAAAAAAGAGAAAGAAAUUCAGAUUCCACAGGUGGUGAAACCUGUCUUCUCUCUGCACAUACUGUAAUUGGCCUCGCUGUUUCUCAGCGGCUGGGAAUGAGCAGCUUAUGACACGCGUCCGAUCUGCUGCAGACCAUGAGAGUUCAUUGGAAAGGAGGUGUGAUCUGCACGGUUGUGAUUCUGACAGUGCUGUGUGUAAUACUGUACACCCAGUAUGGAUUCACAGCACCAUGGAGAAUUCAGACCCUAAUCAAGGAAAUGUCAAACACAAGAGUUCUUUUGGGAACCACAGCCAAGAGGCUAGAGGAUGUGUUGGCAACACCUCAGCUUCAUUCUGGACAGAUGUGCAACUCUGAGCCAGUCGAUGAGGGUGCAGUUCAUCCCACCAGGGCCCCGUCUUUAUCUCGUCCACCUUUCAACUUCAAGCAGUACCUGAGAAACAAGGACUGCCGUGACUUCAAACUCCUUCUGAACCAGCCCGGGAAGUGUGUGGGGGACACUUUCCUGCUGAUCGCCAUCAAGUCGGUGGCGGAGGAGUUCGAGAAGCGCGAGGUGGUGCGCAAGACCUGGGGGGCGGAAGGGCUUUUAAAUGGAGUAAAGAUAAAGAUGGUCUUCCUGCUGGGGGUUCCCAAGAAUCAAACAGAGUUUCCAGAGUGGGAGCUGCUUUUGAGGUACGAGAGCCGUGUGCACAGGGACAUCCUCCUGUGGGACUUCCAGGAUACUUUCUUCAACCUGACCUUGAAGGAGAUCAACUUUUUAAAAUGGCUGGACGUUUUUUGCCCCAACGUGAAGUUCAUCUUCAAAGGCGACGCCGACGUCUACGUCAACGUCGAUAACAUUGUGGAGCUCCUGAAGGAGCGCAGCCCUGGCGAAGACGUCUUCAUUGGCGACGUCAUCUAUCAGGCUCAGCCUAUCAGGUCAAAGAAGAGCAAGUACUUCAUCCCAGAGAUGGUGUACGGACAGGGGCUUUACCCGGCCUAUGCAGGCGGAGGCGGCUUCAUCAUGUCUGGCUUCACCGCUAAGAGACUGGAGCGAGCUUGCAGAGAGGUGGAGCUGUUCCCGAUCGACGACGUCUUCAUGGGGAUGUGUCUGCUCCGCAUCGGCCUGAAACCAGAUUCCCAUGAGGGCUUCAGGACUUUCGGGAUAGUCAGGCCCUCUGCUGCCCCCCAUCUGCAAGUCUUUGAUCCGUGUUUUUACAGGGAGCUCAUGGUGGUCCACAGCCUCACCGUGGCAGAAAUGUGGAUCAUGUGGAAACUGCUUCACGAUCCGGAGGUACAGUGCAAUACCAAAGUGGUUGUGAAGAAGCCGUUCAAAUGGAUGAGGAAAAACCACAAAAACAAAAAGGAGUGAAACUGUCCUGAGUGGUUUCACUGCUAUUUUCAGCAUGCAUAUAACCUGUGAAAUACAGUAAAUCAUAUCGUCAAGCAGAACAUGCACAUUAUCAUUCCACUGUCUUUAGACUCAGAUAUCUAAGUAUAAGGGCAUUCUCUUAACACACUGUACCUCUUUUGCAGAUUUACCUUAAAAACAAUUAGAACCUUAAAACCGAAUGAACAAACAGUAAAGUCGGAUAUGAACUAGCUUCAUAGAUCAGUGUUCUGCAUGCAACAUGAAUGGGGCAUACAGUUCUGCUUCAUGUAUGUUCCCUUGUUAUGGUGCUACCAUGUUUAACAGUAAAUGUCCACCAAUAUUGUUCUUUUCCAUAAAUGCAAAUCAAGUUCACAAUAAUUCACAGUCUUAUGUAUUUAUGUAAGCAGACUUGAGUUCAUUUAUACAGUACUGAGAUAGCUACCUGUGCAGCAGGUGAAAGGAUCUGAAGAUUGUAACACACUCAGUAAUCACGCGCAUUAACUUUGAAAUAAAUACAAAAUCAUACAAUCAGUCAGUAUUGUUUUACAUGUUUAUUACAUCCAUUUUUAUUUUCUGAUUCAGAAUUUGAGGAUAUGAACACGAUUAUGAGCCGUGUAUCAAAAUGUGAAUAUAGUGGUUUAAAAAAAGUCAAUAAAUUACUCUGUGAAUUUGCAUAUGGUUGGAUUUGAAUUUGGACCAGCUGCGUUUAUUGCCAUCUUUUGAGAUGCUAAAGCUGAGGGAAGACAAAGCCACUUUUUCAGGAACAGUAGCUUGAAACCUGGUUCCAGGAGACCUAGGUUUGGAGGCAACUUUGCUGCAUCAAACCCCAAGUCUCCCCUGGUGUGCCACGCAGUGCCCUGAAACCAAGUUCCAAGCCACAAAGCGUCUUCAUGUUCCCUCAGCUUAACAGCGGCAUUUUCAAAAGCUCCAUGUGGAGGAGCAUUUAGAUAUGUUUAUUUAAACGUUACAUCGGAAAAGACUUAUAGGUUAUUCUACGGAUAGAGAUUAAAAACUAUCUAUCAUUUUCAAACACCACAUUUCUACUGUAUGCAUCAGUUCACAAUUUCAAUAAGCAAUGGGCAUUUAAAAAAAAAAUGCAUCCCCAAAAAAUGAUGGAUUUGAAAAACAUUUGAAAAUAGUACUUAUAUGAAAGUUGCUUCGAUCAUAUCCAUAGCAACUGUAUUCCAGUUUAGAGCUCUGUAUUACAGUCCUUUAUUUCCAUUGUCAAUCAACCAUGCCUGAAUGCGUGGACGUGUGCUACCCACCCCUUGACCACGAAUUCAACGUAUCUGAUGACAUUUAAUAUCAAGUAUUAGGAAUAUCUGAACAGAGUGAUACUUCCACUUAUGAGACUACAUUAAGAGACUGGGGUUCAGGCUUCUACACUGGACAUGUAACCCAUACCUUUUCAGCAGUUUAGUAAAACAGUUCUUUGAGCACACAAACCAUUACUGACAGCCUGACGUGUUAUCAUUUCAGAAUUCAUGCUCAUAAUGCAUUUCAUUACAGUUUCAUAUAGGCUGUGCAGGAAAUUAAGAGACACAAAGUAUCUUCAGCAAGCAAUCGAUACAGAGAAGCAAUCUUAGUAAGAGCCUCGAUUAACAGCUAAGAAUGGAAGAAAGGUAAGCUUGUACCAUACUGUACAUGGAGGGAUAGUUACAACACUCUACAAAGUCACAGUAAAAGGGAAGACUAAAUGUAAAGAAAUACCAUUAACACACAUCCUCAUACUGUAUCCCCUGAUACUGGUCCAGACUUGCAAUGUCACAAUAUAUAUAUAUAUAUAUAUAUAUAUAUAUAUAUAUAUAUAUAUAUAUAU